AUGGCCGAUCCUCUUCUCACCUCUUUGUGUGCCAUCUGUCACAUUGCGCCGCCUCAAUACCGCUGUCCCCGAUGCGAUGUCCGAACCUGCUCCCUGCCCUGCAUCCGCAAGCACAAAUCAUGGGCCUCGUGCUCUGGCGAACGCGACCCAACCGUCUACAUACCGCCCAAGAGCCUCAAAACUGCCGCCGGCAUCGAUCAUGACUACAACUUCCUCAAAAAGUUGGAGCGGACAGUAGAGCGGACCGAGAAAGAGCUCGUCGAAGAGCGCGCUCUGGUCCAGAAAGAGGAGCUUCGACCGCUCACGGUCCGGGAGACCAAAUACAAGGUUGGCAAAGACGGCCGCAAGAGGCGGGUCGUUGUCACACGGGUGCUGCGGGAGACCAAGGGGCGGAAGACGGAUGCGGCGUUGACGAGGCGGCUCCAAGCGCAGGGGGUGAACGUACAGUACGCGCCGACGGGGAUGCAGAGGAUGACGGAGAACACGACCACGUUUAACAGGAAGAGCGGUCUGAUCUACUGGCAGGUGGAGUGGCAACUCGUCAGGGACAACGGGGCGCUUGGCGAGAGGAAGCUCUGGAAGUGCUAUGAGGACACGCCGCUGUAUGCUGGGUACCAUGCCAUACCGGGGGAGACGACAACGACGAAGAAGAACCAAGUCAAGGGUCCCGGGCGGGCGAACCGAUUCUUCUCCCAACUCCCGGUGGACAAGUCGUGGAACACGGUCGCAGAUAUGUUCCAAGACCCCGAGACGGGAAAGUGGUCGCUAGCAGCGCCGAUCGAAGCCAUGGGCGUCUGGCCCGCUGAACUGGACCGGCGUCAACGGGCAGCGUACGACUAUUAUCUCGCCAAUCCCGUGCGACAAGCUGGUCAGGCGCGGGUGGUCACGAAGCUGGACGUCGACGAGUGUCUCCGAGACGGGCUUAAGGAUACGAAUGUGCUCGAGUUCCCGACCAUAUUCGUGCUACAUCAGGGCAUGGCUCUGCCUGAGGGCUAUGUGCUUGGGCCAAAGGACUUUGUCAAGGGACCGAAGCGCAAGGCUGCCACGGACAUGAGCCAUGCUAAGGGCGGCAAGCGGCCAAGGAAAGAUCGCGAGGAAGGGGACGUGGGCAGCGAUAAAGACGAUCUCAUGGCCGGCGGACUCGAGGCUGGUGAAGUCGUUGGCGAGGAGAGCUUUGAUGAGAACGAAAACGAGGAUGGCGAUGACACUUCGGAUACCAGCAGCGAAGGCACGAGCAGCGAGGAGGAGUGA